UCAUUUGAAGACAUUUAUUACAAUACCGUAGCUAUAGCCGAAUGUGCGUACAAUUUUAAAAGUGAACCCAUUAUUAAUCAUGACGAGGGUAACAAUACCAAGCACACAAACUCACACAUCAAAAUGCCCACAAUUCGCACGCCUGCCUUUGAUGGUUCAUGUGAGGACUGGCUCGAGUACCGCGAUACAUUCGUGUCUCUAGUUCACAGUUCCAAAGAUAUUAGCGACAUUCAAAAGUUCCAUUAUCUUAGAUCAUCAUUAAAGGGCAGUGCAGCAUUAGUUAUCAAUUCAGUACAGUUUUCUAGUGACAACUACAAUGUUGCCUGGGAGUUACUAUUGAACCGAUUUAACAAUAGCAGGUUACUUACACAGAGUCAUGUAAAAUCACUAUUUACUAUGAAUGUAUUGAAUAAAGAGUCACCCGUCUUAAUUAAAGCACUCAUUGACAAUGUUCUCAAAAAUUUACGUGCUUUAAGCAUAUUAGGUGAGCCCACAGAACACUGGGAUACUCUAUUAAUAUAUUUAAUUGUUUCUAAGCUUGACCUAACCACUGAACGUGAGUGGGAGCAGAAAAAAGGAGAUUUAUUGUCUAGUAAAAGUGACUCAAAAUUAAAUAUUCAAGAUUUAAUUAAUUUCUUACAAAACAGAGCAGACAUGUUAGAAUCAUUACAGCUUUCUCAUGGUAAGCAGAGCAAUUAUAAAGUUAUUAUGCACAAUAACAAUAAAAUUCAUGCUCAUGUUACAAACACCAAGCCGCAGCAGUAUUGCAGUUAUAAUCAACACAAGAAACUUUGUUUAGCAUGCAACUCUAAUCAUCCUAUUUAUUCUUGCCAAAAAUUUCAUAAUUUAAAUUUAGAAUCAAAGUUGUCAUUAAUUAAGAAAAACAAUUUAUGUAUUAACUGUCUGCGCUCUGGGCACACUGUCAACAACUGCAAACUUGGGUCAUGUAGGCUAUGCAACAAGAAACACAACACACUAGUACACAAUAGCGAUGAGUCUACACAAUCUGUUUCCAAUCAUUUAAAGCAACCUGCUGCCACAUUUUCACAAGUUACAGACACACACAAUACUGACAAUUCUAUACAAACAAUACAAGCCAACAAGGCACACAUUGAAUAUGAUAAACACACUACAUAUUCAUCCAGCAACCAACCAGUUUUGCUGUCAAUAGCAGAAAUAAGUGUAGCUGAUUCACAAAACAUUUACUAUAAAGCGUAUGCCUUACUCGAUAGUGGCAGUCAGCGCUCUUUCAUCACACAAUCUUUAUGCAACAAACUUAAUAUACCAUUAAUACAGUCCACUCAAGAAAUUAGAGGAGUUGGGAACUCGGUGAUACACUCAACACAGUCCUGUCAAAUAAAAUUCAAAUCACACAAUCAUCAAUUCUCCACACAAAUACAAUGUUUUGUUUUGCCCAACAUUACAUCUACACUACCAGCAAUUACAUGUGCACGGUCUAUUGACAUACCCAACAAUAUUCAGUUGGCCAAUCCAGAAUUCUAUAAAUGUCACAAGAUAGACUUAUUGUUAGGCGCAGACUUAUUCUGGGACCUAUUAAAAACUGAUAGGAUAAGAUUGUCCAGCGGUCCCAUCUUACAAGACACACAUCUAGGCUGGAUUAUAUCAGGCCCAAUAAAAAAUUAUUUACAAAAUAAUCACAUAAAUUGUAACUUUUCACAGUCUAUUGAAACACAUUUAAGACAAUUUUGGGAGCUGGAGGAGCUUCCCAGGUCAGGUGCUGAUAAGUUUACUCCAGAGGAACGUGCGUGCGAGGAGCUUUACGUCAAAACUACAACGCGUGGUGAUGAUGGAAGGUUCUCUACGCUUCAGAAGCGGCAUACGGCGCAUGUGUCUAUGUACGCACCGUCAACACCGAUUCAACUGUAUCAUGCAAUUUAUUAUGUUCUAAAAGCAAGGUUGCUCCUUUAAAACCAGUGAGUAUACCUAGACUAGAAUUGUGUGGGGCCUUACUCGGGGCUAGACUUUAUGACAAGGUACGCGAGUCAUUACACACCGAAUUUCGAAAUGUAGUAUUUUGGUGUGACUCCACAAUAGUAUUAGGAUGGUUGCGUAUGACCCCUAAUUUAUUAAAGACAUUUGUUCAAAAUAGAGUUGCUGAAAUUCAUGAAAUUACAAAGGAACAUCCAUGGCGUCAUGUUCGUACCACGGACAAUCCUGCCGACAUAGUUUCUCGCGGAACGCGAAUUGAGAAUUUAACUUCUAACCAUUGGUUGCAUGGUCCAUCAUUUUUAAGUGAGCCUAACAUGGAUAAUAAUUAUGAAUAUAAUAAUUCUCAAUUAUGUCAGAGUGAAAAUUUACCAGAGCUUAAAUCAAAAGCAACAAUUUCAUUAAAUGCCAAUGUGAAAUUACCACAGUCUCUGUUUCCUUUCUCUAGAUUUUCACAAUACAAUCGUAUGAGACGUGCUGCUGCCUAUGUACUUCGUUUUAUAUUCAAUACACGCCACAAGAACAAUCGUCUCAGUGGCGCCAUCUCUGUCGCCGAACUAAGAAACUCUGAAUUAAUGCUAGCUCGAUUAUCGCAAUUAGAAUCAUUUGGUACUGAACUUACUUCGAAAUUUAAUACCAACACAAAUAAUGUAAACAGGAUAAAAGGCAAUUUGUCAAAUUUAAACUUGUUCGUUGAUGAAAACAAGAUACUGCGAGUAGGUGGUCGUUUAGCCAACUCGCUUGAGUUUAUGUAUGAUAAAAAACAUCCUAUUUUAAUUUCUUCCAAACAUUGGUUUACAGUGCUUUUGUUUCGCUUUGAGCAUCAACGGUUGAAGCAUGCAGGGCCGCAGGCACUUCUGUACAACGUGCGUGAUUCACACUGGCCGGUUGCAGGCAGAAACCUGGCAAGGAAAAUUGUACAUGAAUGUGUCACCUGUCGUAGAUUUAGAGGUAAAACACUGACUCCUAUAAUGGGCAAUCUGCCAAAGGAUAGAAUCACACCCAGUUUUCCAUUUUGCGCUGCGGUGUUGAUUAUGCUGGGCCAGUUCUUAUAUUGAAUCGGAAAGGUAGGGGUGCUAAGCUUAUCAAGGGUUACAUAUGUCUGUUUGUUUGUUUUGUAACUCGGGCUGUUCAUCUAGAGCUGGUCAGUGACCUUUCCACAGACGCUUAUUUAUUAGCUUUAAAACGAUUCAUUUCACGUCGGGGUAAGCCCUCUGAUAUAUACUCAGACAAUGGUAGAAAUUUUGUAGGUUUAAUGACAGAAUUCACUAAAUUCAUAUCAACCUGCUCAGCUGAUAUCGUUGAAUACGCAACUACUCAAAA